CUGUUUCAUAAUUGUCACAUAUAAUGCUUUUAGAUGUCACUGUAGUUAAAUGUUCCUCUUGCAUGAUGAAGAAAUAUGCACUCAAGUUGAAAUGGCAACAGAGGGCUAUCCUUACCUACAGCAGAGGGGAAGACUGUGUUUUUUUGCCCUUAGAUGAUUAUCUGCUUAGAAUUCUAACCAUAUUUUGAAGUUGAUUAAAGAGAAAUGCCCAAACAAAUAUUCAGUAUUUUGGUGUUGAGGUUUUCCCAAUUUUUUUGACAAUAAGAGUAUAUUUAGGUCUUAGUUUUUCAAGGAUUAGAAGACAGCUCUGAUGUAUAAUGGGAAAUAAAUCUGAAAUGAUUCAGUUAAUGGCUUCACACAGCUAAUUGCACGGCUUAAACAACUACAAGGAACUAAUUUUAUCAUUCCUAUUACUAAUGCAUAUCGAUUCCCCUCAAGUCUUGCUGUAUGCCUUAGCCAUGUAGGUGAUGAUAGCCUCUCCUGAUCUGAUAGCCAUUGGUAUUGUAUCAGUUGUCACUGUAGCCUCAGACAUAUGGUGUUACAGUAACAGUAGCAGUCGUCUGGGCUUGGCUUCGAACAUGGCUUCCUCCAUGGCCACAGAGGGUCUUCGCCAAGCCUCUAAACAGAUAGAGCACCUUCGCUCACAGUACCUCGACCCAGCCAUGGCAGACCUUGGCCAGUACAGCCCUGGGAAUUUCAACUACCGCAAGAAUGAAAUUAUAUCUGGGAGCAUCAGCAGCGUCAAAUCAGCUGUGACUUCCUUUUCCAAGAGGUUUGGAGAGAUUCGGGAGGCCAUAACAGCAACCAACACCCCAGCCAGCAGAGGAAUUCACAGAACAAGCACCAGCCUCCCUAGUACCAGCUUCUUUGACAAUUACUUUCGCUCACGUGAGGGCGAUGGAGAUGAGGACAGCCUGGAUGGCCUGUGGAGCAGAAGAGAAUCCGCAGAAGUCCAGGGUUUUGCACCUCUGGAUGAGCCCCUCAACUUCACCUUUGGAGCAGGAGGUGCAGCAGGAGCAGAGGGAGAGGCAGUUGCAACGCAACAAGAUCUGUUCCCUCACUUGGGCUGGGAUCCACAGGGCCCCUUCUGUCUAGGCUUGUGGCUCACGUCCUGCACCCGGUGCCACAACUGUGCAGCGCUUCUCUAUGACGAGGAGAUAAUGGCUGGGUGGAGGCCUGACGACUCCAACUUGAACACUAAAUGCACAUUCUGUGAAAAGGUGACGGUACCUCUUUUAACAAUCAUGAUAUAUGAUUUGCGACAUGAGCCCAGACCAAACAAGCAGACAGAAGAGGCAUCAGAGACUGGAAAAUCCACAUCAGGAUCCACCGAAGGAGGGAGUGAUUCAACUGACCGAGGGCUGCCACCAGAGGAACCCACAAAGGAGGAAGGGAAAGUGGACCCUCAUUUUAAAGACCAAAUUGGGGCUCACAUCCAGAAGAAGGGUAUCCGGUGUGAGCCAAUUACGGUUCUAUAUCUUAGUCCAUUAGUGUUGCGUAAGGAGCUAGAAACAGUGUUGAGCAAUGAGGGAGACACCUGUCUAACUGACACAGCCUUUACAGAUCAUCAUCCUAUCUUGUACUGGAACUUGCUAUGGUACUACUGUCGGCUGCGUGUUCCCAGCCACCUGCCAGGACUGUGCUUGGGGGCUGCCAGUGUGACUCGGGACAGGGUUCCACACCCCUCCUGGACUGGAGCCGACUGGCAGAAUGUCUAUAUCCGAUGCCUUUGGGAUAACACCAAGUAUCAUGAAGAGCUGGGUCAGCCCAUGUAUGUCCAGUGGCAGGUCAACCAACAGCCAUCAUCUCUUGUCUCUGCGCUAGUCAAGGAGAGGCACAGAAUCCCCAGGGAUGUGAUGCAAAGUGUGAUAACUGCAAUCCACGUGGAUGACUUGACCACAGCCAUGAAGAGACUCCUAACACUCUACCAGAAGAGACCCUCGCAUUUAAAGAAAAAUCAUUUUCCAAUAUACCGUGACCUAUUAUUCCUAGCGUGCUCAUGUAUACCUCCAGCUCAGCUCAAUCUCACAUCCUUUGAUCGUGAGUAUCGGCGUGCAUACGAGCGAAACGAACCACAUUUCACCAAGCUCCUCUCUCGCUCCGACACGCCUCCCCCUAUUGCUGCCGUCUUUUGCCGUCGCUACUUCAGUCAGCUCAGCCUGUGAUAAUGCCGGGUCUAUAUGACCCUCCUCCACCUGACUUUCUGACCUGCACCUGCAGUCUGGAACCUGCAAUUCAUACUCAGGGUCUGCAAUUGGCACUUGGGCCUCGAGCACUUGGCACUCUUGGUCCCAGAUAUGGAAGAUAUAGCCUCCAGGGGCGUCUCAGAGCCUGUGGCAUAUGCCCAGGCCUCCCCAUGGGUCCCCAGCCUGCCCCAUCGAAGCUGGCAUCAGACUGGAAGUGGGUGUCCAACUUGGAGGUCUUUUGGAAAGGAAUACAAUAGACAGUAUAUAUAUAUACUAGAUAUUUUCUUUCAUUCUUUUUCAUAUUUUUUUUAUCUGUUUUUGGGGAGUGUCAAAUGCAAAGAUUAUGUUUGAUGAUAUGAUGGACUUACCAAGUAGGCUGGAGAUUGUGAUCUUUGUUAGCUAGUUUGACAAUAUGAUUUAAGGAAAUAAUGGAAGGGAAAGUGUGGUGUAUUCAUUGUGUAGCAAAUGUAUAUAGAACUGCUUGAACUGAUUUUUAUGAAGUCAUUGACUUCAUUAGUAACUUUAGGUUGAAUUAACCAGAGUUUGCAGCGUUCUACAAACAGUGCAAUGUUUGGAAAUAUUACUGUAUCCUAUAGACAGCCUUUUUAAUAUCAGCUGAACAAGUCAGUGGUGGGACAACUUCUAUAGGAAUGUGUAAAUAAAGUUAUUACUGGCUAUUUUGGGCUUUUUAAGAAUAUUUGAACAUUUUCAAUACAGCUUAUAUCAUGUCCUCUUUUCUUGCCAAGAUGUGAGAAAAUAAGUCAUAUAGAUGCUAGUGUGGAGCUUUUGGAUUAUUGUGAGUUGAACGAACCUCAAACUCUGGUGCACUGACAUCUCUUCUUAUCAUCUGCAGGACAUAGGUAUUGCUAGGCACAAGAUGUGGAAAUUUUCAUAGAAGAAGAAUGAUGAUUGUAUUCUCAAACCCAAAUUUGUCAGGUUUUGAUGAUGUGGAUUAUUGAAACUUACUUUAUGAGUGAUGCAUUCUAUCCAGAGGAAUUUAUAUUGUUAUUUUGUGAUGUAUUGCUGUUUCAAAGUUUAAUUAUUACAAUAUGAAUAUAUUUGCAUUUGUUAAACAGGAUGAUAUUUUAGUUGACUGAUCAGCAGUACUCAAUGUUUGACACUAUUUUAUUGACACCAAAUUGUGUGAUAAUAAGAGAUGAAUUUAAUCGCUACUAUAGCUUUUUCCAUGUGAUUAGGGAAUUUAGCCUUUGUAUUUUUGUGUUUUGCAACUUGUCAUUUUUCUUAAAUACAGAAGGGAGUUUUUGUGUUAAUAGAAGGAUUGUUGAGCUUUGUGUUUUCUUUACUGGUAAUGGGUUAUCAUUGGCAUCUUCAGUUACCAAAGUAACAUUAAACCAUCACAUAAAUAGAGGUUUAUUUUUAUGUAAUGAAACAGAGUUUGUGUGUAUGUAUUUGUUUGUAUGUAGGUGCAUUUGUUUAUUUGUUUUUCUUUUUAGUUCAUUCACUCAUUCAUUUAUUCAUAAGUAUGUGUGCAUGGAAAUGAGAAAAGGAAUAUGUGAGUCUAUCAGUGUAUUUAUUUUUUCUAGUGAUUUUCUUUAUAGAAAAGGGUAGUAGUCAGUGUUAAGAAGAGACAGAGUCUGAGGAAAUCUUGACAGAUGUGAACUGCAGGAAUUUAUGAGUAUGAGUCCAGAUGGAAAAGCUUUAGCCAAGAUUUAUUUAAAAAGUUGUAUGGGAAAAUAGGAAAAAAAACAAACAAA